AUGCCGGACGAGAAGCGGUUGAAGGCAAAAGAGACGAAGCGGAAGAACGUUCUCGAGGCGCUGAAGCGAUUGGAUGCAUUCGUCAAGAACUACGAUCCCGAUCAACACCAACAAGAAGUUCCCCAUCGUUUGGAUCGCUUGGAGAAAGUUUGGUGCGCAUACGAAAUCGUUCAGGAAGAGUACGAGGAGAUGGAUGACUCCGAAGAAUUCGUCCAGAAGAAUUUGGAGCUACGCGGAACUGUGGAGGAACUCUAUUUCCGUGUGAAGGCUGGAUUAUCAUCGAAGGUACCACCCCCGCCAAGCCCCACUGUCGCUGUUGCCCCCGCUGCCCCUGCAGCUCAACCAACUUUGGCCAAUGUAAAGCUGCCGACGAUUUCGCUGCCAGAAUUCGACGGAGAUUUCAACAAUUGGCUGACGUUUCACGACACUUUCAUGUCGAUGAUCCACUCGUCGACGGAGAUCUCCCAGGUCCAGAAGUUCCACUAUCUCCGUGCAGCAUUGAAGGGAGAAGCGGCCAGACUGAUCCAGUCCAUCACGAUCACAGCGAAUAACUACGCCGUCGCUUGGGAUACGUUGGUGAACCGCUACUCUAAUAAGGCCAUUCUCCGCAAGAAGCAUAUACGAGCCUUGUUGAAGCACCCCAAGAUCCCGAACAACAACGUCGAAGCCCUGCACAAAAUCGUCGAUGAAUUUCAGCGCCAUACGAAGGUCCUGGAACAGCUAGGCGAACCAGUUGACCAGUUCAGCUCGAUCCUCAUUGAAUUGCUGGAAGACAAGCUGGACGAUGCGUCGCUCACCGCUUGGGAGGAAUCCAUCGCGACGAACGCUCACCCAACAUACAACGAGAUGGUCGAUUUUUUGCAGAAACGCGCCCGUAUACUGGAGACCAUUUCGAUCAAUCGCCCGCAGAACAAUGCUUCCAAGUCGUUUAGCCACCCGUCAGCUCAGAAAAAGCCCAGCCAGCCCAGACUAAGCUCGAACGCCGCCACCGAAGUUUCGUCGAAGUCCUUCCCAAUGUGCCCCGCAUGCGAGAAGCAGAAGCAUUCGAUUUUUGAUUGCUCCAUCUUCAACGGUCUAGAUCCACAAGGCAGAAUGAAAGUGGUAACGGAGAAGAGGCUUUGCAGUAACUGUUUCCGCAGUGACCACUUUGCUCGCAACUGCCGUUCGAAGUUCAGCUGCAAGCACUGUUCAAGACGCCAUCACUCGAUGAUUCAUCCCGGACCUGCUGAGAUGGAGAAAUCCGCUCCCGAAUCAGGAUCUGGAAAUCCUUUGCCAGGUCCAUCCAGCGUGGUAACAGCUGUUGCCGCAAUCCCGACACCCGAGGUCGUCUCCACCGUUAAAUCGUCCAAUGCCAGCGUUUUGUUGACCACAGUGGUGCUCAUAGUCGUCGAUGUCUACGGACAAGAACACGUGGCCCGUGCCCUGUUGGAUACAGGAUCCCAACCGAACGCAAUCAGCGAACGCCUGUGUCAGCUGCUCCACCUUCCUCGGAAAACUGUUAACGUUCCAAUAGCUGGAGUUGACAGCACUGUUACGAACGCCAAGCAUGAAGUCCGAGCAGAAAUCAGGUCCCGUGUCGUCAACUUCUCGGAAUCCUUGGAAUUCCUGGUACUCCGGAGAGUUACGAGUGAUACACCUUCAGCAUCGUUCUCGACCUCCCGGUGGAACAUCCCCGAAAACUUCGCCCUCGCCGAUCCCGACUUCAAUACUUGCAGAAAGGUGGAUAUGAUCAUCGGCGCUGCGCAUUUCUAUCCGUUCCUCCGAGAUGGACGUUUCCGCCUGAUCGACCAAGGUCCCUUACUGGUUGAAACGGUAUUUGGCUGGAUAGUUUCUGGCAAAUUUGAAAACCCAGCAGAAUGCAGCAAUCGACCCGCCGUAACUUGUCAUGUGGCGACAGUUACCUCCGUGAGCGAGCAACUCGAACGUUUUUGGCGUAUCGAGGAGCUGAAUGGAUCGGACUAUUCCGUUGAUGAGCAGAAGUGCGAGGAUUACUAUCGCGAAACAGUUUCUCGUGACCCGAGCGGUCGCUACGUCGUCCGAAUGCCGAAGCACCCCGAGCACGACCGAAUGCUAGGAUCGUCGAAGUUGUCUGCUGUUCGUAGGCUGAAGUGGUUAGAGCUGAAACUGGCGAAGGACGAAAAUAUGAGGAUACAGUACCAUGAUUUCCUCCGCGAAUACGUCGCUCUCGGCCACAUGACUCCAGUUCCCGAUGGUGAAGAGGGUAGUUCGAACGUUUUUUAUCUCCCGCACCACCCCGUACUGAAGGAGUCGAGCAGUACCACGAAGGUGAGAGUGGUAUUCGACGGCUCCGCCAAGACAAGUUCCGGAUACUCCCUCAACGAUUCCUUGCUCGUCGGACCAGUCGUACAGGACGAACUGCUUAGCCUCAUCCUCCGAUUUCGAAAGUUUCCGGUUGCAUUGGUGGCAGACAUCGAAAAAAUGUACCGCCAAGUCUCGAUGAAUCCCGCAGAUCGCCCUCUCCAGAGAAUUCUAUGGCGGUUCGACGCUUCUGAGCCAAUUCAGACGUAUGAGUUGGGUACCGUCACUUACGGCCUCGCCCCGUCCUCCUUCCUCGCCACCCGUACGCUUUUGCAGCUGGUUGAAGAUGAAGGCACCCCGUUCCCGAAAGCUAGCACGGCCAUCAAGAAGAACGUUUACGUGGACGACCUCAUCUCUGGACACAACAGCAUCGAAGAAGCCAUCGAACUCCGUGAAGAACUGGACUGUCUUCUGCAGAAAGGUGGUUUCCGUUUCCGAAAGUGGUGCUCCAAUUCCCUCCCAGUUCUGGCUGGCCUACCUUCCGAGUUACUCGGGACGCAAUCGUCUUUGAAGUUCGAUCCCGAAGAAAGCAUCAAAACACUCGGAAUACGAUGGGAACCGGAAGCAGAUCUUUUCCGCUUCGACGUUUCCGUUACGAUCCAGAAUAAAUCACCGACCAAGCGCACCAUACUCUCCACGAUCGCUCAGCUUUACGAUCCUCUUGGCCUGAUCUCUCCCGUCGUCGUCCAGGCAAAAAUUCUAAUGCAGAACCUCUGGCUGUUGGCGUUGGACUGGGAUGACGAAGUUUCUCCAGAUCUCCAACGAAAAUGGGCUCAAUUUUGUGAACAGCUUCCCACCCUCUCCAACUUCCGCAUCGAAAGGUUUGCUUUCGCCCCAGGUUUCCAAUCUGCGGAACUCCAUUGCUUCGCAGAUGCGUCCGAGCUCGCAUAUGGUGCCUGCAUAUACGUUCGCUCUGUUGCCGCUGAUGGACAAGUGCAAGUGAAUCUCCUAGCUUCAAAAUCUAAAGUGGCCCCACUAAAGCCGCUUAGUAUCCCGCGUCUUGAGCUGUGUGCAGCUCUUCUUGCCUCUCGUCUGUACGAGAAGAUUGUCGGCUCGUUGGACAUGGAGUUUGCUGGAAGCUUUUUCUGGUCCGACUCAACAAUAGUUCUUCAGUGGAUGAAGGCACCUCCACGAACGUGGAAAACGUUCGUAGCGAACCGUAUCGCUGAAAUUCAAGCUUCAACAGUUACUUCGCACUGGCAACACGUCUCCGGGAAAGAAAACCCUGCAGAUAUGAUAUCCCGUGGAGUUUUCGUCGAAGAGCUGAUCCGCAGCGAGCUGUGGAAGCACGGUCCCCCGUGGUUACGUGAAGACAAAUCAACGUGGCCCUCCCAAGGCAUCCCAGAAACCAAGUUCAGCGUAGAAGAAUUGGAGUUGAAAAAGAAUGUGAUUCUGACUACCCAGAUUCUCCAUCCCGAUCCACUUUUCGAAAGGUUUUCGUCGUACCAAACUCUUCUCAAUGUAGUCGGAUUCUGCUUUCGUUUUUGCCACAAUGCCCGUUACAAACAGCGACGUAACUCCAGCAGUGUACUCUCCGUUGCCGAACUUCAUCAUGCCAGGACAGCCCUGGUCAAACUCGUCCAAGCUGAAACGUUUCCCGAUGAUCUGCAGCGCCUAAAGAAAGGGUUCAUGGUGUCCAGUAAAUCGCCUCUUCGCCUGCUAAGCCCAUUCCUAGACGCUGACGGGCUGAUCCGUGUCGGUGGCCGGUUACGGCUAGCUGACACAUCAUACGACGUGAAGCACCAAAUCGUGCUCCCUGGAUUUCACACGUUUACCCGCCUCCUACUGAAAUUCCAUCAUCGCAAGCUAGUUCAUGGUGGGAUUCAGAUGACUCUCGCAGUCGUCCGCGACGAAUUCUGGCCACUGAACGGUCGGAAAGCUGUUCGGAGUGCUAUUCGGAGCUGUUACGAGUGCAGUAGGGCGAACCCGCAGCCGAUUCAACAACCGAUCGGCCAGCUGCCGAUUGUCCGAGUCACCGCAAAUGAAGCCUUUGUCUGCACAGGGGUUGAUUAUUGUGGUCCCGUUUUUCUUAAGCCCGUCCACCGUAAAGCUGCAGCCCGUAAAAGCUACAUCUGCGUUUUUGUCUGCUUGAGUACAAAGGCCGUUCACCUCGAGCUCGUCAGCGAUCUGAGCACUCCCGCUUUUUUAAUGGCUCUCGAUCGUUUUGUCUGGAGACGAAACAGGCCUCAGCAUUUGUACUCCGACAACGGUACAAAUUUCAUCGGCGCGAAAAAUGCACUGCACAAGGUGUAUCAAAUGCUUCAACCCGGACCCGAUAGCGACAAAAUCAGUAAGCAUCUCGCCGAAGAAAACAUCCAGUGGCACCUGAUUCCCCCGCGUGCCCCCAACUUCGGUGGUCUAUGGGAGGCCGCCGUAAAGGUGGCCAAAGCCCAUCUGGUCCGUCAACUCGGAUCAUCAUUGCUGUCCUUCGAGGAGCUAACGACGAUUCUAAUCAGAAUCGAAGGAUGUAUGAACUCCCGCCCGCUUCUUCCACUUUCCAGCGAUCCUAACGAUCUGGGAACUCUCACACCCGCACAUUUCCUCGUGCGGAACAUGAUUCGCCCGCUCCCCGAAGUCGAUAUAAGAAACGUACCGCUGAAUCGCCUCAACCAGUACGAGAAGCUCCAGAAGUACUCUCAAAACUUCUGGUACAGAUGGCGAAACGAGUACUUGAAGGAGUUGAACCAGCAGUACUGUGCCAACCCGAAGCGCUACCAGGUCAACGUUGGUGACAUUGUAAUCUUGAAGGACGAAUCCCUUGGUCCUGCCCGCUGGCCGCUAGCCCGCGUUAUGGAGACGCACCCUGGCCCAGAUGGUGUAACCCGUGUUGCAACCCUCCGAACGUCAUCCGGGAUUCUGAAGAGAGCAGUCUCCAAGAUAUGCCCGUUGGAGUGUGCCACUGAAGGCUGA